GAACUUCACAAUAUUUUUGCAAAUCAUGACCAGGCUGGUAUGGGUGCUCUUCAGGGACGUACUAUAGCACAGAUAAAUACUAGUAAUAGCUUUAGAAAUCCUUCAAUUGUCUAUGACUAUGCAAAUACUGCUGGUAAUAAUGCAGUAACC